AUGCACCUCGCUCUCCUCCUCCCCCGCAUUCGUCUCUCGCCGGCCGCCAUGCCCAGCACCCGCUCCGCCUCCGCCUCCAGGCUGCUGGUCCGCGCCGACCUCAACCCAGUUGUACGAGAAGUCAAACGUGAAUCCAGUGUUUCUUUUGACAUUUCAAAGCCUGAAGCAACUGCUUCUGUUAAGAGGAAAAGGGUGAAGCGAGAACUUGAAGUAAACGGGGAGCAUCAUAAGAAGCAGGUUCGUAUUGUCCCUGACAUCGAGGAUUUUCGAUACGAAAAGACCAAAACAUUGACAUCGUCAAGUAAGGCAACAGCAUCUUUGGUCAAGGUGGAAAAAAAGGUCAGAGUUUCUUCAGUUAUAAAAGUUGGAGCUCCAGAUAACUGGGAGGCAGUUCUUGGAGGCAUUAAAAGCAUGAGGUUAUCUGGUGGAGCCCCCGUAGAUACGAAGGGCUGUGAAAAAGCUGGUUCUCUCCUUCCACCCAAGGAAAGAAGAUUUGCAGUUCUGAUAUCAACUAUGAUGUCAAGCCAGACAAAAGAUGAAGUUAACCAUGCUGCUGUGGAACGCCUCUCUGAAAACGGUUUACUUGAUCCCGAUGCUAUAGUGAGGACUGAUGAGACCACACUUGCAAAUCUUAUCAAACCUGUCGGAUUCUAUCAGAGAAAGGCACAGUUCAUAAAAGAAGCUUCUAAAAUUUGUCUUGAACGUUUUGGAGGGGAUAUUCCAGAUUCUUUGAAUGAGCUGCUUGCUCUGAGAGGAGUUGGCCCUAAAAUGGCUCAUUUGGUGAUGAGCAUUGCUUGGAAGAAUACUCAAGGAAUCUGUGUUGACACUCAUGUGCAUCGCAUUUCUAACCAACUUGGGUGGGUUUUUCGGGAAGGAACAAAACAGAAAACUACGACACCGGAACAGACAAGAAUUUCUCUAGAGAAAUGGCUACCCAAGGAUGAGUGGGAACCUAUAAAUCCAUUACUGGUUGGAUUUGGGCAAACUAUCUGUACUCCACUGAGGCCCAAAUGCGACAAGUGUGGCAUCAAUAACCUUUGCCCUUCUGCUUUUAAGGAAUCAUCAAGCCCAAAUCCAAAGCAAAAGAAAACAAGGUCUCCAUAG